UCCGUUCCUCAGUCUUUGAUUUAACAACAGAUAGCAUGAAGGGAGCAAGAGAAACUGAGGGUUGCUUUCAUUUCCCUGAAAUACUAGGGAAUACUCUUUCAGGCAGAAUAUGGCUGUGGAGGGAGGAGUUUUUAAAAAAAGAAAAAAAAAAAACAUCCUAAGAAUUGGACACAAUGUAGAAGAGUUGGCACCCAAACUAAGAAAAGCCUUUCUUCACUUCACCCUAAUCCCAUUGCUGGAUUGCUAUAUGGAGCUUUCAUUGUAGCUUUAAAUUCUGGCUUAAAAGGACUGGGAAGGGAUGAAAUUGGCAAGAAUGAACAGAGGAUUUGUGAGACGAGAUCCCUUGGAGGCUGAGGUGGAGUCAGUGGUAACGGGCUGUGGAGAGAUGUGUGUGCAAUAGGGAGAUGUCUAUGUUAGUGCUCUGUGUGGGUGGGUGUGAAGGAGGAUGUGUGGGUGGGGUAAGGAGGGUGCUUAUGUGUGAGUAGGUGUCAUCAAAGUCACUAAACAUGAUGUACCGGGAGAGCAAUGGAGAAUAAGGCUCCUUUCCUCUCUGGAAGUAGCUUCCAGACAAUUUAACUGAGUGGAGAAGACACGUGGAAAAAUAAGCAGAGGAAGUUUGUAGAGUUGAGCCCACCAAGGGUGGGAAUUCCAGGAGGAGGUAAGACAAAGUAGUUUGGGAAGAGGAGUAGAAUUUUAAUUGGAGAGGUGGGAAGGAAAUUGCAAAACUAAAGGCAGCAAGUAAGAAUCUUGUUAUCUUGGGUAAUGGGGUGGAAGUAGAGUGAUUGAUAUAACGAGUCAUGAAGAGCAAUGUGAGAUAAGGCUAGAAAGGCAAAUAUGGAACAUCACGGAGGACCUCAUAUUUUUCCUCUGUGGAUAGGGAGAUACUGCAGGCUUUAAAGGUGAGUGAUAUGACAAGAGCUAGACUUUAGGGAGAGGGAUCCUGUAGAUGAAAUACCAAGGAGAGAGACUGAAAAGAGACUGUUUUAGAAGACUGGAGCAAUAGGCCAGAUAAGAGGUAAGGGAAUAAGAAUCCACCUCUAAUUUGUAUAGGAAUGAAUGAACCCCUCAGAUGAAAGCUGAAAGGUAAGCGUCCCUAAUAAAUCUGAUGUCCUGGGCAGGAAACAAGAAUUUAAGGGCAUGGAUAAUUCAUCUGUUAGUAGGUUCAGACUUCUAAAAAAAAAUAGCAAUUGAUAUUCUUGUAGAAUGUUAAAAAUACACAAAAUAUUACAUAUGUGUAUGUAUAUACACACAUUAUCAUUGAAUCUCCCAACCAACCUUGUGAAAUAGAAAGUAUUGAUGUUAUCCCCACUUUCCAGAUAGGAAAUCGAGGCUCAGGUGAAAUGACUUGGCAAAGUUCAUAGGUAACAUCGAGUCAAGACUUCAAAUCUGGGUCUUUCCCAGUCCCACACUUAAUAUAUGACAUGGACCUGAAGUCUAUGUCAGUGGAUCUGAUGAGAACCCUCCUCGCCAUCUUGUAUAAUUCUUAUCCAUGUCUUUCCUUAAGUCCUCCACAGAAAACUGUACUAGAAGUCUUCCAAGACUUAGUAUGGGCUUGUGAUCAGGGCAUCUCACAGGACUGGGGAAAUAGCUGUGAUGAGGGGCUCAGUAACCUGAGCAACAAAGUUUUUAAACAGAAAUGUGAGAGGAAGGAAGAAAUGCCUGUAUACAAACCAUAAAAAGAUAUAUGGAGUUUGUAAUAGUAUUUUAAAUUUGGAAGUAAUACUAGGAAUCAUUUCUUUCAAUGCCCUCAUUCAACUGAUGAAAACAUUAGGGUCCUAAGAAGUAAAGUGACUUGCUCAAUCACACGGAAGCAGAAAAGCAUAGGUUCUCUAGGUUCUAAAUUGAGUUUCCCCCUCCCCACUAUGCCACAAAGAAUAAAUUAAGUUUCCCCCUCCCCACUGUGCCACAAAGAAUAGUGCUUUCUAUAAGGAAAAAAGAUCGAGAAUGAGGUCAAAAUUAUCUCUUAGCAACAUAAGAUCUCUUAGCACAACCUCAUAGGUAUCAUCGAGACUUAGGGAGCUGGGAUUUGGGACAGGAAUCUCUCAGCCAUGGAUAAGCAUAUCUUGUCCAAAAAGAACAUAACGGGGGGAGGGAGGGCGCAGUUCGUAUAUUAAGAAGGCUGUGCACAAAUCUAUUAAUCUACAAAGAGAAUUAAUUGGUGGGUGAAAUGGAACUACAGAAACCACAAAGGGAAAUGACCAUGGUGUUGGCGACAAACACUGAAGAUGUCAGAAUUUGCCGUUAGAGGGCAGAACUGGAGUGAAAGCUGCAAAGAAAGCUCUGAAAGAGGAAUGGGCUGCCUCUUGUUAGAGAUUGGAUGAACGCUUGUAAGGGAAGUUGUAGAAUAGGUUUGUGCUCAUGUACGGGUUGGACUAGUUGGCCUCUGACAUCUCUGCUAGCUCUGAGGUUCUGGGAUUCUUAUAGCAGAUUCCAAAGAGUCUAGAGAAAAGGAAGGUCCGAGCCUGUGGCUAGGUUGGAAUGGUCAGGACAGACUUUGUGGAGAUAAGGCUGGAAGCUAGGCUUUGAUGUGGAGGUAAGAUUAGCUUUAAAGUGUGGCAGGUAAGGGGGGGGGUCAUCUGUGGGUGUAGAUGAGAUGACCAGGACCUUUGGGUUGAGCUAUCUGUCCUUUCUUUUUGUGGGGGCUUAAGGUAAACCCAUAAUCCCUGAGGCCCAAGAAGAGAGGAUGGUAUGGCAGGAGCAGGGAGGAAAGGGGCUGCCUUGGCUCCUGCUCAGUUCUGAUGAGGGAAGAUACCUGGAUCGUCAUUCCUUCUGGGAAGGAAAUCAGUUUGCAGGAGCUCAAUUAGUGUGUUCGAUGGUGGUAGUGGUUGUGUGUGUAAGGAAUAUGGGGAGGGGCCAGUGAAAAGAUAGGACAGGCCCCUAAGAUAGCCACUUUCCUUUUAGAAAUCAGAGUAAACUGGUGCCAGGAUGUUGGGGUUGGGGAGGGAGAAGAAGAUGGAAUGGCCCUAGGUACCCUGUUGCUUCACUUUCAUUAGUUCCCAUCCUCCAAGGCACAUCUGAAUGUCUGAUAGCUACGCAGAAUCCAAGCUGAUCUAAACUAAAACCUCCAGAGUGGGAGGACUCAAGGGGGUUGAGGUGUCAAUCCUACUCUGCUUUCUUCUACCGCCCAUCUCCAGUGGGGUAGCCCCUGAGAUGCCUCGAUCCUUCCUAGUAAGAAACAGAAGAACCUCUGGAAGAAAAAAGUUGAUUGGCUUUACUCCAGAGAACCCAGCCCUCUCUGUGGGGAGCCUUGGAGGUCCAUGGGCUGAGAGGCCCCUGUCCCCCAACCCUGAAGCUAGCUCCUCCCUGGGGUCCUCUGCCCAGGCAGAGGCUGACCUCUUUGGGCUCCAGGGGCCAGCCGGCUUCUCCUGGGAUGGCCACUGCCCCCAGCCCCAGCCCCAGCCUGCGACAGCAGUUACUGCCCCAAGCCUGCAGCCACAGCUACUGCUGCCACCACCCACAGCACAGCCCCCUCACCAAUUCAAGGAGAGACUGUUCCCCUGCGGUGUGUGCGGGAAGAGCUUCCGGCGCUCCUCCACCCUGUCCACACACCUGAUUAUCCAUUCGGGCACGCGGCCCCACCCCUGCCCCUUCUGCACCAAGCGCUUCCACCAGAAAUCCGACAUGAAGAAGCACACGCUCACCCACACCGGAGAAAAGCCCCAUCUCUGUGGAGUAUGUGGAAAAUCCUUCAGCCAGAGCUCCAACCUGCUCACUCACUGUCGGCAGCAUGGGGUGAGCCGGCCCUUGCCUCGGAGGCCGAAGUGCCCACCCCGGCAGGAAUCCUGCCCCAAAGAAUCAUCUGGCACCUCCCUGGGGGUCCUGAGCCCCAGGGAGAAGGGAGAAAACUGCCCCUAAAGCCUUGUUCUCCACCUGUUCACCAAAAUCAGCAGCAGAAGAAAUGGCAGGACUUGGAGGCAGUCCCCAGAUCCAAGUUUCCUACUGCCCAACCCCCUAAAACAGCAACUACAACCCCACUGUCUCAGCUUUAUUACAGACUAAAAAGGCCUUAGAAAACACACAGGCACACCACCUACAGAAGCUAGAGGUCACAGGAGCAAACCAGCAAUGGCAAUCUACAACAUACAUACAUACAAUACAUGGGAAUCAAGAAGCUGGUCAGGACAAGACCUUUCAGGACUCAGAUGGAAGGAUGUUAGGAAGCUAGAACAUCCUCAUGACUAUCCCUCUGCCUAGUUCCCCCUGCUG